GUCAGUUAGUUUCUAUAACCGCUACAGUGCGGACGUCAAGCAGGUUUUAUCGGAUUCGCGUGUGUUAUUUACUAUAAGUUCUAGGGAACUGCCCGGCCGAGAACGCGCACAAAAGGACAAAAUUUGUGUAAGGUGUCUGGACACGCAUACGACUGAGAAAUAAUAAAAACAAACAUCUACUAAAUUAUAAAUAUGGCAGACAGAAGCGAUGAUGUUAUCUCCAAGCUCAAAAAUAUUGCUUGGCACAAGGGCUUGCGAUGGGAGCUGCCCUCCGUUACCGACGCCGAGGACGGCGUGGAGGCGCUCCUGCGGGAGUGCGCAGCGCUGUCCCCGCCGCAGCCUCAAGGCGACGUGAAUGACGUCAUCGCCAGGAGCAAGGAUUUCCCGGCGCGCUUCCCGAUUGACUCCGUCAGAUGCUGUCAACUUCGCACCCGCGUGCCCGAGGAGCAUCUGACUUGCAACAUCCGCUCCACCUACCCCGUGCUGCACGAGCGGACCCUGUUCUUAAUGGCGGAAUUUCUCUUGCACAAGCGGAAGCACGGGUCAUCGGUGGAGCGCGCCCUGUACGGCGCCCUGUCGCUGGCGGGCCUGCUCGACCGGCUGCUGGCGCGGCGCGCACUCGUCUUCAUGAAGAAGCAGGACGUGUGGGUGCUGCUCUCCGGGGAGAGAGGCACGGGCGGCUGGGAGGACAUCGGUACAGACCGCGAGACGCCGCCGUUAGUUCUGUCGCAGUGCCUGAGUUACGACGAGCUCAAGCUGUCCGCCUUGCUGGCCGUCAGCGGCCGCACCGUCUGCAUCAACGACGGUCACAGGAAGAAUAAGGGCAUUGUCAUGACCGAGGGGAUUGAGACUGACGCCGUUAUAAUGGGUAUCAUAGGCCCUCGAUUUCAACGUCCGGGCCGCAUGGAGUGCGAGGACCUGCUGAUCACAGAGCAGCACAACACAGAGCAAAACGGAUACGGAGCCGACGGGAAAAAGGAGGGUACUAUGAGACCAGUGUGGGAGAGGUUCUAUCAGCUCCCCAGCGCCACAUUCACCUCAGUGAGUUCCCUGAAACCGCCGGUGUCUCCGCGCGACGGGCGCGUGUUCUCGGCGCGGUACAGUCGGCGUCCGGGCGCCGCGACCAUCAUUCUCGACGCCGCCGCGGUUCAUCGGCGGCUCACUGUACUCGCCGACGUCAUUCUGCUGGAGGCCGACAGCCGGGCGCAAGAGGACGGGAGGAUGGCGUUCGUCAAUAUCAUCGGAGCAGGCCUGGGCGUGUGGAAGAUCUCGCCUCACCAGCAGGAGUUGUUCGUGCUGUCGAUGCUGAUAUCGGCGGAGCGGCUGCUGCGCGGCGGCCGGCUGCGCCACGUGGCCGACGUCAACUUCGCUUACAUCAAGCCCGCGCCCGCGGUGCUCAAAUUGUUCCAGAAAUAUGAAGACUCUGAAGACAAUUUGGAGAAGUACAAGUUAUUUUUCAAACAAGAGUCGCAUCCCAACGGGGGUAUAUCUAUAUGGCUGUGGUCCCGCGAGCCGGCCGCGGCGCUGCGCGGGCGCCGGCGGGGCGCGCUCGCCGCGCUCACGUACGCGUGGGACGGCAACGCGCAUCCCGGGAACGAGUUCUGGUUAGGCAAGCUCGCCACAUCGGGCGACCCGGCCGCGGCGUGCAGCACGCAAGUUGCCGAGCUCCACUCCGCUAGCAUCAACACUAAUGUAUGUGCGCGCAACACUAGGGUCGCCUCGCGGUUCGGACUGCUACAUAUAGGGGAGUACUGUCGGAGGGUGCUGGGUGAUAAGUGAACUAAGAAGUUAGUCAAUAAGAUGCAUUUAAUGUUAAAUACUUAGUUAAUUUUAUUAUUUUUGAUUUUGACGAACAUGUUGCUAAGGAAUAAUGUUACAACUAUUUAUCACUUCGGUUAGCCUCGAAGUGAAAGACCGAAGCGCAGGGCUAUCUACAAAGUAUAAUGAGGUAAAUCGCUGUUCAUAAAUAGGUAAUGGCAAGGCGAAGAUCCCUUCUUGGAUUUCUUUCUCUGUUGAGGUUAACCGAAAAAAGAGAUUCGUUAUGUAGAAUGAUCAAUAAAUUAUUUAUUAUUAGUUUUUGA